AAACGGCAUGGAUACUUUAUUUUCCCUUUGAAUUCAAUACAUUCUUUAGUUUAAAGUUGUUAGAAUGUCAUCCGAUGAUAGAGCAAAACGAUAUGAGAAAAUAGAAUUCUUAGGCGAAGGACAGUUUGCGACAGUUUACAAAGCCAGAGAUACAAAAGUGGACAGAAUUGUUGCAGUCAAGAAGAUAAAAGUUGGAACGAGAGCAGAAGCAGCUGAUGGCAUCAACCGGACAGCGCUGCGAGAAAUCAAAUUACUUCAGGAACUUAGUCACCACAACAUUAUUGGGUUGCUGGACGUUUUUGGGCACAAAUCCAAUGUCAGCCUGGUGUUUGACUUCAUGGAAACAGACCUGGAGAUAAUAAUAAAGGACACCACGACCGUUCUGACACCGGCUCACAUUAAGUCGUACCUCCUGCAGACACUGCUUGGCUUGGAAUACCUUCACUCACACUGGAUCCUGCACAGGGACAUGAAGCCGAAUAAUUUGCUUGUAAAUGAUAUGGGAGUUUUAAAAAUUGGAGAUUUCGGUCUAGCCAAGUUUUUUGGUUCACCAAGCCGGCCCUACUCUCACCAAGUUGUAACAAGAUGGUACCGGUGUCCGGAGCUGUUGUUUGGAGCACGCUACUACAGCACUGGGGUCGACAUGUGGGCGAUUGGGUGUAUUCUAGCCGAGCUCCUCAUCAGGGUACCUCUGUUGCCAGGAGACUCAGACUUGGAUCAACUGAGUAGAAUAUUCCAGGUUCUAGGCACGCCAGCAGAGAAAGACUGGCCUGCCAUGCAGCAUCUUCCCGAUUACAUCGCUUUCAAAAGCUACCCCGGCCAGCCACUGCGGGAGAUAUUCAUUGCAGCUAACGAUGACCUGCUGGAACUGAUGGGCAAACUUCUCGCUAUGGACCCGUUGAAACGGUGCACCGCAACACAGGCUUUACAGAUGGAAUACUUUAGUAACAAACCCCCGCCAACACCAGGACACAAGUUGCCUCGCCCCGGGGCUAGCAAAGAACUUCAGAAAGCCGGGUUGAAGAGAAAACAAUCCCAGACAGAUAUAGGUGGCCUUGCCAAGAAACUUGUGUUUUGAUGUCAUGAUUCGUAGGAUUAGGAUCUCAACUGUCAAGGAGUAAGAAUCGUGGCCAAGCUGUUGUUGCCGUGAUUUCUAACUGAAACACCAAAUGUCCAGUUCAGUGUAACUCUCAAAGAAAUCAGCUCAGAGAGUUAUUAAUUGGAACCAAGAGAAAUUACUCAAUUCAAGAGUUUCUCAACAGCAAGGGAAAUAACUCUUAAUUCAUGUGCUUCUCAGCAGUAAGGGAAGCAAUAUUUAAGAGUGAAAUAGUGUUCUGAAAAUCAAGGGAAGCAACCCAGCAUGACAGUAUGUGGUAUCAUGGGAAACUAUUCUUACUUCUCUUUUAUCAAGCUACAUGUAGUUUUUGUUACUAAGGGAAAAAAUAUUUAAUUUCAAGAUGGUUCUAAAAAAAACCUCUAAAAACUUGAUGAACCUGUCCAACAUAAGCUAAUUCUCACAGACUAUCUUGCGACUUUUAGCAAAUAUGUUACCUUGAAUGUAUGACAAGUAUUUUAGCCCUUAGAACAGGAUGCUAUUAUUACAACCAUCUGUUACUGCUGAUCAGUGUACCAGUAAUCUUCAUUAACAAUAGGACACUUUCCCACUAUUACUCAACCCCUGCAAUUGCCCACAGCAAUCGGCAAUGCUGUGGAGAUUGCCCACAGCAAUCGGCAAUGCUGUGCAGAUUGCCAUGGAACUUUUUAAUUCUCCACAACACCUUUUUGCUGUGGACUAUUCAGGAUUUAUUUUCAAUGGCAUGUUUUUUUGCCAUGGACAUGAUACCAAGUUAAUGGUUGAUAUUAUGACACAACAAGUCAUUUCCAUUACCUAAUGAUUGUUAUUUAUUUUUCUACAAUAAAAAGAUACUAUUUUGUUA